AUGAGUUGCAAGAAAAGCAACCAAUCUGGGGAACGUGAUGAGAACCCUUUUGUUAAUAAACUGAUUCAUGAGAAACUUGAAAAGGGGACUGACCCUAGGAAGUUUUCAUACCGUGAGUUGGUUCGAGCAACGAGUAAUUUUGAGGAGGGAGAGAAGCUGGGAGAGGGAGGAUUUGGUAGGGUUUAUAGAGACUUCAUAAAAGACUACUCAUAUGUUGCGGUUAAGAGGAUAUCCAGCAGAUCUAAGCAAGGUUUGAAGGAGUAUGCAUCAGAAGUGAGGAUCAUCAGUUACUUAGGCAUCGAAAUUUGGUGCAACUCACUGAAUAGGAACAGUACUGUGUGUUGCACAGGGAUAUCAAGUCUAGCAAUGUUAUGUUGGAUUCAAAUUUUCAAUGUGAAACUCGGGGAUUUCGGGUUAGCUCGACUCGCGGACCAAGGAGAAAAGUCACAAACAACAAUUAUAGCUGGAACGAGAGGCUACAUGGCUCUAGAAUAUGUUACUACAGGAAAAGCUAGCAAAGAAUCAGAUGUCUACAGCUUUGGAGUUGUUGCUUUGGAAAUAGUCUGCGAGAGUAAACUGAUUGAUUUCAACUUAGAAAGUAGCCAAAUCGAACUGGUGAAGUGGGUUUGGGAGCUUUAUGGAGAAGGCAAAGUUAUUCAAGCAGCCGAUCCAAAACUCAAUGGAGAGUUUGAUAAGAAAUCAAUGGAGUGCUUGAUGAUUGUUGGAUUGUGGUGUGCACACUCGGAUUAUAAAUUCAGACCUUCAGUACAACAAGUGAUUCAAGCGCUUAACUUGGAAGUUCCACUGCCCAUUCUCCCAUCAAAGAUGCCGGUGGCCACAUAUUUUGCUCCUCCUAGAUUACUUUCAACAUUGCUCAGUGAAACUAUUCGUUCUGAAAGAGGUCAAACAGGUCCUCAAGAAAUCACCAAGUCCUCUCAAUCACCCCAUCUUCUACAACAAUAUUUGUGA